GCCACCGCAGCAACAACCUCGCCAAGACAAGUCAACAUCGGCGGAGAGAGAAAGGGAGAAGCGAGAAGAUGUCGGGCCGCGGCAAGGGAGGAAAGGGGCUCGGCAAGGGCGGCGCCAAGCGCCACCGGAAGGUCCUCCGCGACAACAUCCAGGGCAUCACCAAGCCGGCGAUUCGUCGUCUGGCUCGCAGGGGCGGCGUGAAGCGCAUCUCGGGGCUCAUCUACGAAGAGACCCGCGGCGUGCUCAAGAUCUUCCUCGAGAACGUCAUCCGCGACGCCGUCACCUACACGGAGCACGCCCGCCGCAAGACCGUCACCGCCAUGGACGUCGUCUACGCCCUCAAGCGCCAGGGACGCACCCUCUACGGAUUCGGAGGCUAGGCGAAUUCAGCUCGCACCACUUGGAAUGGAUCAAAUAUCAGUUAUUUACCCUUUACUCGCCUUCAAUCUCUUGUCUGAUCUACAUUUGUGUGUUCUUCCGUCUGUUUCCAGUUUUUCUGUUUAUAACUGUCGCCAAGUCGUCUGUGCGAGCGUCAGUUUAGGGUAUCUCUGCAUUCAGGACGAUAUCGAAAGCAAAAUUCAGUUUGGAAGGCCUGAAGGUUUUGCUUUGGAUAGAGUGGGGAAUGGAGGAGCUCAUGGACCGAAGAAUUGGCGCAGCUAUUUGUUUGGUCGAGAACUGCAUGGUCGCCUCUUCUAUUUUACCUUCCUCUGUCUUUUCAGCUAUCAGUUGAACAUGGAUGACUGAAUUACUCUUCUAAACC